AUGUGGAAUGCUCCAGGUCGAAAGAAUUGGAAUAUACCGAAGACACUAGCCAAAUUCGAAUUCAUUCCAUCCGAUGCCAACCAUCCGCCGUAUCGCCAGAUCAAAGUCUCACUCCCCGAUACUCCGGAAGAACCAUUUGUUUCCUUGGAUUUACAGCCCAUCCCAUUGAUUUCUAGACCUCUCCUUCCAAUUUCCACGGCCUAUGUUCCUAUGAAUCUCGAGAUUGUAAUGCCGCCAAUACCGCAGUCGGAAAACUGGAAGGAGAAUGGAUUGGUAGGCAGCGACAAUAAUGAAUGGAGAUCGGUACGGGUUGACAUAGCGGGUAAGACGGGUGUGAUAAAAGUAAGAGGCGAGCUUGGGGAUGGGAUAUCAUUCCCGGAACUAAACUGGAAUGGAUUGUGGUUCUGGGUGGAUGAUGCGAAAAUGUCAUGUAUGAAUGUCGGGGAGUAA